GACGAGAUCUGGUUGGCUGACGGCGAUAAUCUCGCAAGUAGCGGACACGUGACUUCUGAAGUAGCAACAGAAGCCUUUGAAAGCUUGACAAACCUCACCAACUUGGUUACACUUUCAUGAUCACCAGUCACCGUGAAGCUGGUAUCGUGUGAUUUAUUUACCUGAUUAAUUUUGAAAUACACUGAUGUAAAGUACAUAUCCUCGUCGACAGUUUACACAUGAAUAUAUAAGUAUAUGAUUAAAAAAAAACAAACGAAAAACCGAAGAAUUUUCCCACGGAGUCACAACACGUGUCACCUUGAUUUUAAAAUAUACAGGGAAUCACUCUGUAAUUAUGACUGCGAAUCUAUCGGAUAUUGAAAAGUUCGACGAGUUGUUCCCUGUGCUUUUGGAAGAUAUUAGCACAGAAUGGAAGAACCAAUUUGAAAGUGACGAUCUGCUGGAGAGAGUGAUAGAAGUGUGUUCGUAUAACGUUCCUUUCGGCAAAAAGAACCGAGGUACAACAGUUCCGGCGGCCUACACGGGUUUAAUGAAUGGACAAGCUUCCGAAGAUGAUCUCCGUCUGGCUCGGAUUUUGGGUUGGUGCGUCGAGUGGCUUCAGGCUUUCUUUCUAGUUGCAGACGAUAUCAUGGACAAUUCCGUUACACGUAGAGGUAAACCAUGCUGGUACCGGGUGGAAAACAUCGGGAAAAUUGCCAUCAACGAUUCGUUCUUCCUCGAAAUGUCGAUUUAUACUUUACUGAGGAAAUAUUUCCGCAACAAGCCUUAUUAUGUCGAACUGUUGGAGUUAUUUCAUUCGAUAACCUCGAAGACCGUUAUGGGUCAAAUGCUUGAUUUGGUCAUUGUUCCGCCGGGUGGCAAAGUAGAGUUUGAGAAAUUCAGUGUAGAAAAAUAUAAGAAAAUUGUCAAAUUCAAAACUGCUUUUUAUUCCUUUUACCUUCCCGUUGGGUUGGCCAUGUACAUGGCUGGCAUCAAAGAACAGGAAAUCCACAACGAAGCGAAGGAUAUUCUAUUACAGAUGGGGGAAUACUUCCAAAUCCAGGACGACUACUUGGACUGUUUUGGAGAUCCUUCCGUAACGGGGAAGAUCGGGACCGACAUCGAAGACGGUAAGUGUAGCUGGUUGGUUGUGCAAGCCCUGGCCUUGGUGUCCGACGAACAAAAGACUGUCUUGGAACGAAACUAUGGCUUCGACUGUCCCCACAAGGUCCAGUGUGUGAAAUCGCUGUACAAGGAACUCAAGCUUGAUGAACUUUUCUUGAAGUACGAAGAAGAAAGUUACAAACUUUUACUGGAGAAAAUCGAGAAAUGCUCGCAUUUACCGAAAGAAAUAUUUCUUACGUUUGCUAAAAAAAUAUACAAACGUAAAAUGUAAUUUAUUAUAAUAUUUUUUAAUACAAAAAACAUUUCGAGUGUGUGUGUGUGUGUGUGUCUAUUUAUAUAUCUAUAUUCACAAGAAUAGGGCAAUUAUGUGUGUGUAUACACAUGUAAUUAUAUAUAUAUAUAUAUAGGCGAAGGUAAAGAAUACGUACACCACCCGUUAUCGGCGUAACAAAAAUCUUAACCCUAAACACCGGGUGUACGUAUUCUUUACUUUCGCCUCUCUCCCUCUCUCUCUCUCUCUCUCUCUCUCUCUCUCUCUCUCUCUCUAUAUAUAUAUAUAUAUAUAUAUAUAUAUAUAUAUAUAUAUAUAUCAGUCAUUUCUCGUGUUUACAUUUUUAAUCAUUACAACUAACAUCACUGUACAUACAUCUAAAGUAAAACUCAAAAGUCCAGUCUAGUGUUGUUAUUUGUGAGAUCAAAUCCCGCCAGGUCCUGUUUUUUUUUUUUUUUUCAGUUUCAUUUAUAUAUUUAGAGUCGAUUAAUCACGUACGGGUAACUGCUUUAUAGCAGUCUCAUAUUUCUAACAAUAAUAAUAUUUUAAAAAUCAAAAUAUUCGUUUCAUACAAUAACAAUGUUGGUUUAAUAAUUUCAAUAAUCCAAGAAAUGUUGAAAUUUGAAACAUGGUUAUAAAUUCCAAAUAGAAACAUGUUCAGUAUAAUUCGAAUAACCAUACAAUGUUAAAAAAACAAAAAAAACAACGAAUAGAUUUGCAUUGCCCUUUAACUGAAACAUAUACAGUCGUAUGUACAAUUAAAGAGACUGGCUUUAAGUAAAUUAGGUAUAUUAACUUGUGUAUUUGGGGUACUAGGGUAUUACUAUAAUGAACAAUGUGAUCGAACACACGUAUGUUCGAAGAAUUUUCUGGUGAUCAUCUCAUCUUUUUUGUAUAUCUAUGGUUUCAUUGUGUGUCCCCACUCUUAUUCUUUCAAGAUAGAAGGGUGUGCUUUUAAGAGAUUUGGCUGCUAUUUAGUGCAUGUCAAAUGGCCACGGUUCGAUAAUUAAGUAGCAGUGUUUUUAUUUGAGUUUCUAGCUUUUACGGGUCUAUAUUCUGCGAAAAGAAAGAAAAGAGGCGACGGUCCUAAAUUGUUUUGUAUUAAUAUCUAUCAACCGGUAAUCAAUGAUAUAUUCGAGGUUGAACGUAAUCAGCGAGCAGAUUAUAUGGUCACGGCUGGAAGGCUUUAGAUCAUGAGUUUUCUGGGUCAGAGUAGACCUACUUAGACAGCAGACUAGUCUAAAAAGAAGUGGGUGGAAUUAGGAAGUAGCAGCUCCCUCGAGUUGUCUUACCUCAUAGGAAAGGAAAUGGUACGGAAGAAGAGUGCAGAGAAAUUUUAAUUUGGGGGUAAAACAUUCCAGAAUUGUAGUUUCCGUUGUAUGAAACACGCAUUCGGAAUUUAUUUGGAAUUUUAGUUUUUGUAAAACAAUUUAGACAUUCCUUCGAUACAUCGAAAGAAUGCUACGAUUUUAAUACCGUCGCUUUUUUUCUUCUCUCUUUCUGUCGAAUCUAGGACCGUAAGAGUGACAAUGAAUAUUUGUUUUGUAAGGUCGACUUCGCCUUUCUUCCUUUCGGGGUCGAUAAAUUAAGUACCAGUUAUGCACUGCGAUCGAUGUAAUCGACUUAAUCCUUUUGUCUGUCCUUGUUUGUCCCCUCUAUGUUUAGCCCCUUGUGGGCAAUAAAGAAGAAAAAAAGGUGAGUAUAAUCUGGUAAAAAUUUGCCGGCAAAGGGCAUUGAAUUUACUUGUUUCAAUCAUUUGACUGCGGCCAUGCUGGAGCACCACAUUUAGUCGA